AUGUCAUGUACCGUGUCUCCUACGUCGAAGAUUCAGUGCAGAAGUUUGUGGUUCUCGGGCCAGAAGAAUCAUACGAAUCAACGCGGACAGGGUCCUGUCUUUGAGAUCUGCCAGUGGAUCUUCUAUACCCUUGCAAAGGAGCACAAACUCGCAACCACUCUCACUUUUAAGAAGAUUGAAGCUACUGCUGAAGACGUCAUCGUCCUCCUUAAGACGCUGUGUCAGCGUGCUGAUGAUAUACCCUGCCAGCCUAGCACCCGCGUCUCCUUCCACGGCAUCCUCCUCCUAGCUGCUAUUAGAGGCUUCAGGCGGGCGACGAUAACAAGCAUUAAGUAUAGGGACGUCAGCCUAGCCGUAGUACGGGACCCCAACAACUAG